AUGAUAGACCGUCCUACAAAGAAGUUGACACCAAGAUUCACUGGACCAUACACCAUUGCCAAAGUAAUCUUAGAAACUGCGUACAAGUUGGAACUGCCGGCCACACUGAAAAUCCAUCCA